AUGGAGCACGACGAGCUAUCUUCUUUACGUCACCAGCUUGCUCUUAAAGAAAAAGCCCUACAUGAGAUGACACUAAACAGGGAUCUUCAGACUUCUCUCCGUAGGGAGAUGGAAGAGAUCUGGCAGGCGGCCAAGUACAAAACUCGGGCCAAGGCAGCUCUCAAGAUGAAGGCUCAUGCGGACUUCCAGGCUCUGAUCCAUCAUAUCAUUUAUCUAAAGAUGAAACACGAGGACGAGGUGGCCUUGUUGAAAGAGGAGAGUCGGAUAAAGGACGAGACCAUUGGCCAACUGCAAAACUCCCUUAAACUUGUUGAGAAGGAACUAGCCCAAGCAAGGGCUCAUUUAGAAAGCAGGGGUCAGGCUUCUGGAUCUGAAGCUGCUACGCUCCAGGUCUGCUCUUCAGAUAUAAAUCAACAGUCUCUCACAGUUUUGAAAACCCUGAGUGCGGAGCUUAAGCAGGGCCUAGUAGCUUCCUCGCAGACUGUCCUCCCUGCGCCAGCCCGGGUGGAGACCUCCCCUAUACUUCCCUUAGAGGCUUCCCCUCUGGAAGACCUUGCAAUACCAGAAGAGAUUGAGGAAGAACGAGCCGCUUCUCCUCCCCCAGCUAAACGACUACGUCUUCAACGCAAAAGGAAAAGGGUCAUUCCCGCGGUCCAGGCGUCUCCCCUGCCUCCUCCAACUGGCCAGCUUUCAUUAGUAGCCUCCCAAUCUUCCAAGGCUAAGGUCGUCACUCCUGACCUGGAAACUACUCUCGAACCAGAGGCCUUCUCCGCAGGUCUGAGUGCGAUCCAAUAUGCCACCAAUUUGCAUCGGGAGCACGAAGUGCUGAAGGCUCUCCUUCAUGAAUUGGAGCUACCGCUUACACCCCGCGAUCCUCUCAACCAGACACCUGGUGACCUGGCGGGAUAUCUUCGGUCCAUCGGGGAGUCUGCUGAGUCUGCCCAAAGCAUUGCCCAUGCAACUUUUGACAAAAUAAAGACCUUAGAGGCGCCCUUGAAGACUAGCGAGUCCGAGUUGGCUUCUGAGGGGGAAUGUCGUCGCUCGAUCAUGGCUGAACUAGAUGAGGAAGAUGCCAAGCUGACCACUCUAUCCUCUAAACUGAAGAUUCUACAGGAAACUCAGGAGGCUCUUCAGAAAGACUUAGAGGAUGUUCAGGCUCAACUAACUUCCAACGCCGACCGGGAGAAAGCUAUUCAAAGUAAAUGGGAUGCUAGCCAAGCCACGAUCAAAUCACUACAAGUCGAUCUUCUGAGGGCCCAGGAGAAUGCUUCCCAGGGUCAAAAAGAUUUGUCUCUGAUCCGAGCCGAUGCUGAGAAGACCAGGGCAGAGCUAGUGGAUUACCGGGCAGGUGAAGCCGGUCGUCUUAGAGCGUACAGGAUAUCCUACGUCACAUCUCCUUUCUUCUUGAGGAAGAUGGGAGGUUUGAUGAACCUUAUGUUAUAUUAUGGCGCGACCGGCAGGGCUCGUCAACUGUUUGAGCAGGGCCUACUCCACUCUGCACCUUCGGAGAAUUUCCUGGACACUGCUCGCCUGAUGCGCGAACUUCCUGCAGGGUCUUAUCCUUCCUUCAAGGACGACGACGACAUCUUUCUACUCCUAGCACCCUCAGCUAAUGCUAAACCUUGA